AUGAAAGUCGCGGUUAAGCGUCUUAAACAUGAGUUGGAUCUAGCCGAAGUAACUUUCUUAGCCGAAGUUCAAACAAUAGGGAGCAUUCAUCAUGUGAAUUUGGUAAGGCUGAUGGGGUUUUGUGCGGAGAAGUCGCAUAGGCUAUUAGUGUACGAGUUUAUGAGUAACGGGUCGUUACACGAAUGGAUCUUCCCGAAAAAACAAGUGGUUACUCUUCGAUGGGAGUUGAGAAGGAAGAUCGUGAUGGACAUUGCUAAAGGUUUGGCCUAUCUUCAUGGGGAAUGUAGGCAAAAGAUAUUUCAUUUGGAUAUUAAGCCACAAAAUAUACUCUUAGACGAAAACUUUGAUGCUAAGGUUUCCGAUUUUGGUUUGUCUAAGCUUAUAGACAAAGAUCAAAGCAAAGUGGUGACGAAUAUGAAGGGAACCCCGGGUUAUAUGGCACCGGAAUGGUUGAGUUCUAUCAUAACCGAGAAGGUAGAUGUGUAUAGCUUUGGAGUGAUGGUUUUGGAACUAUUGUGUGGGCGAAAGAACGUCGAUUUGUUACAAGCCGAUGAAGAAGAUAUGUACUUGUUGAGUGUAUUCAAGAGGAAAGCCGAAAUAGGUAGGCUUCUUGAUUUGGUUGAUAAGAAUAGCGAGAAUAUGCAAAUAAACGGGGAAGAAGUCGUGGAAAUGAUGAAGGUCGCGGCUUGGUGUUUGCAAGUUGAUUAUGUGAUAAGGCCUUCGAUGGCCGCGGUGGUUCAAGUUUUGGAAGGAUUGGCUAGUGUUGAGGAUUUGAUCGAGUAUAAUUUUGUGAACCAAAUUGUCCAAUCUAGAAUUGAAGUGACUAAUGAUUCGGUUCUUGAUCCGUUUUGUUUAUCAGGACCAAGGUAG